CUACAAAUAAACGUCAAUUUCUAUGAGUAAUGUAAUGACACUUUGAGUCACUUUGUUUUGUACAAUUUAUUUAUUGAUUGUGAGAGUAAAUUAUUAUUUUAGGAUUGAUAUACAUAGGAUUUAAGUAACUAUAUAUAUUUGCUGCAAAGCCCGGACAAGACAUUGGAACCCAAACAUGGCCAUGGAUAUUUCACCAGCUACUUCAAGGCCUAAUGUGGAGACUUGUAAUAGUCCACUGGGGCAUGUGUCAGCAGUUUACAAAUGUAAAACAAGUGAAGCAACUAAUCUGUGUGUCUAUGACGCUUUAAGCAAACUAAAUGAUAAUGGCGAGUUUGAUAUUGGAGGCACCUACACAGACUCUCCAAGCCAACCUGAGUUCUGGUUCUUCUACACCACGUCUGUGUGCCACGGAGGCAAUCAUUUACUCAAUUUGUUUGUAUGCCAUAGAAAAACUGGCUCAUUCGCGAUAGAUAUCUCCAACUCAAAUGAACUGACACAAAAAGUAGGAGAUGAUGUUCCCCAUUUACUGAUCCCAGACACUAUGGCCAACUACACAUUCAAGUCAACGAAACCUAAUCAAAACUUUUUCAUAAAAACCUUCUGCUUCAAACGAUUAGAACGCUUUAACCAGUCCUGCACUUUAUUUAUACCGAUAAAAAUAACUGUCAACCCAAAGUUUGUGCUGAAUGUAAAUGUUGUGAAAUCUAUAAAACUCCAACAUGAUUUGAGUGGACUUCUGACGAAGCAAGAAACCACAGAUUUUGUACUGGAAUCAUCCUCUCACAAAAAGUUCCCAACGCACAAGAUACUGCUGGCCGCACACAGCCCCGUACUGAGGAAUAUGCUCAAGAAUUCGGAUGUUUCUACCAUGUUUAUUGAUAUUUCGGACAAUGACAUGGAAUUACUUUUGCAAUUCAUAUACACAGGCACAAUAAAAGAUGUGAUGAAGCAAGACUGUUUGAAGCUGUUAGAGAUAGCAGACAAAUUCCAGCUGACCCAGCUGUUCACAUUAACUCAGCAUGUGAUUGGAGAUCAGAUCAAUGUGAACAAUGCGGUAGAAAUGGCAGUGAUUGCCAAGAAGUAUAAAUUGGAAGAUUUACAGAAAAAAGUAUUUUCUUAUAUUGCAAACAAUCCCAAAGUAUUGGAGACUGAUGCGUGGAAUGAUCUCACUGAUGUUGAACUGACAAAGUAUCUGUUCCGGUACACUCGAUCGAUGAUGGAAUAAAGGUAUCAGGAUAGACAACAAAGCAUCCUAGAACAAGUACAAUUUUAUGGUAUUUUUCUAUAUGUGUAUAUAAAUAUUUUAAAUUACAAAAUCAAUUUUGAGAUUCUGCAGUGUUCCAUGUUUUCUAUUGCUUAUAUGUAUAGUACAGAAUAAUCACUCAAGUACUUAAUCCAGUAAUGAAUACUCUGAUACAAUAGUUUUAUAAUAUCCAUUAAAAAAAAUUACUGUGUUUGAUAAUAUAUAACCCAGUAGCCAGUAGACUCAUCCCUUCACAAAUAUUGGUGUUAUAGAAACUCUCUGCCUUCUGAUAUUUUAUAGUAUUUACCUUCAUAGUAGCUAUUAUGUUUGUAUUAACUUUUGUAAAAAUGUAACUGCUCGACUAAUAUUGCCAAGUAUGGAAAAACCUAGCUGGAUAUGUGAUAUUUAGGAAUGGAAUGCUUUGCACAUGGUAAAGGUCUGUGAUAGUAGUCCGAGCAAAUUGUACGUCGUGCGUGUGUAAAAUUGUAUACAUUUUAGGUGGUAUAACCACGUUUGUAAGAAACAAAUUCAUUUUUUAUAAUGUAUAAACUUUUAUAGUAAUUUUUACGUUGUUAUUUGUUUAAGUUAAUAUUUGUUCUUUUCUGUGUAAUAAAUACCAAUAUAAAUAAAUGUUUUCUUAUUACUUAA